AUCUUCUCCAAAGAGAGCAUCACGAAGCAGUCCAAUGUCAACCUGGUGGACCUGGCGGGCAGUGAGCGUCAGCGGUCAUCGGGGUCAGAAGCUGACAGGCUCAAAGAGGGCACAGCCAUCAACCUGAGCCUCACUACCCUGGGCAACGUCAUCAGUGCUCUGGCUGACAUGGCGGUGGGAAAGAAGGUGGUCCACAUCCCUUAUAGAGACUCAGUCCUCACUAAGCUGUUGCAGUCGGCACUGGGAGGCAACAGUCGCACUGUCAUGAUUGCUACCUUGAGCCCAGCUGAUAUCUGCUAUGAUGAGUCCCUCUCCACCCUGCGCUAUGCAGAGAGAGCAAAGCGUAUCCAGAACCGGGCAGUGGUGAACGAAAGCCCCACUGAGCGCAUCAUUAAGGAGCUGAAGGCCGAGAACGCCAGACUGCUCCAGCGACUCAGCCGGAUGGACCACGAGGGGCGCAGAGGCAGCGACGAAACCAAGGAGCUUCGUCAGCUGCUGACCCACAAUGAGCUUCAGAUCAGAGCCAUUCAGACUCUGUGGGAACAACACCUGCAGGAGGCGCUGAAGGACUGGGAGCAGCAGUAUGCUAACAUCACACAGGAAAGGCGGAUGAUGCAGAUGCAUCCUUACAUCCUAAACAUCAACGAGGACGCUCAGCUGUCUGGAGUUGUGAAGCUUUUCAUCCAAGAGGGUGAAUGGGAAAUUGGUCUGAGUGACUCCUCUCCAAGAUCCAUCUCCAUCAAAGGCUUAGGGAUCCAAGAUCGCCACGCCCUAUUCAGAAAUGAGCAGCGCCAGGUAACCCUGACUCCACUGGCAGGGGCAAAGGUCUCCGUCAACGGGAGUGCCAUCUCCCAGACAACUGAGCUGCAGCACCUGGACCGCCUAAUUUUAGGGUCCAAUUGUACGUAUUUGUUCAUUGGUUAUCCCUCUGAGAGAGGCGGGGAUGACUGGAGCCGCUAUGAUUAUGAGUACUUCCAGUCUGAACUGGCUGCUGCUGAGGGCAUCUACUUAGGUGAAUCCAGCGUUGGAUCUGCUCAAACUGAUCCCAGCCUCUUGGCUGUCUUCUACGACUACGUCAAACUGAUGCCCAUGGUGGCAGAAGCAAACCAGAUGAGCAAAGAACUCGGCAAGGGAGUGGAUUUCAAGCUGGAGAUAAAAAAUCUGGCGCUCUCAGACUCUAAAGGUCAUGAUUUGCAGAAAGACAUUGUUGUCAAGGUGACAUCCUUGGCAAGCAAACAGGUAUGGAUAUGGUCUAAAACCAAGUUUGUCAACCGAAAAUUUCUAAUGGAGGACGUCUACCAGCGAUACCAGUCAGAGCAGAGUGAAGCCCGAGGAGCACAGAGUCUGUCAGCUGUUGCAUUACACAGAGAUAAAGACCCGUUCUGGGCCCUCUCGGAGAGGAUGACAUCCUGAUCGAUCCGUCUGAAGCACUGGGUCGACGACUAGAUUUCCAGCUGGUCCUGGACCAGUGUUGUGGCGUGAGAUGGAUCAGAGAGGUCCACAAUAGAGGAGUUCAGAUCGGUUUCAAGUUGUUUGACUGCAGCCAGCCUUUCUACACUCCGGCCGUGUGGCACAAUGUCAAUCCCCUUUUAGAUCACAGGGUUCACUUUGCCUCUCUGCACACCUCGCAACGUCUACUAGAUUACCUCCAGAGCAGUGCUGUGGUGCUCGAACUCUGGGGACUUCAAGAGGGAUGCUCUGACCUAAGGUCUUCUCUAGAACCAGUGACGGCUGAGGGCAUCACAAUCAUUGAUCAAAACAGUUCACCACAAGCUACACCUGUGGACUCGAUGAGAGCUCUACAGGAGGACUUGGAAGAGCUGAAGAGCAUCAACGCUUCACUGAGGAAAGAGAAUCACAAUCUACGAGAACAACUCAACUCAGCUAGGAAUGGUUUGGAGGGUGUUCGCAGUCGAUCGUUACGUCCCAGUUGUGAUGCAGAGUUUGCACGCGCUCUUAAGGUUUUCUACCACAGUAUGACCUCAGUGAGAGGUCAGCUGCAGCGUCUGCGCAGGCACAGGCCUAGUGAGGACUUCGACCUCGUGGGGCUCAGACUGUUUGUAGACGAGCAGAGUCGUCUUCUGAGAGACUUCUCAGAGCAGCUGGAGCUGAUUGUUUUCACCCUCAAACAAGACGUGGCCGCCAUUGUCCGCCGCAAACGGGAACGCUCAGGGGUUUGGUCAUGACUCCAAGCCUCCUGGUUUUUCUAAUUAAUAGAGAUCCUUAGUAUCUCCUGUCAGAUUUAACAUGCAGUUUCUGUCAAUGUGCAGUGGUUGAAGCAAAGAUGCCCUGAAACAACUGCAUUAAAACUCUCACUGAUGCUCCCAGAAAGCCCAGCUGACUGGAAUUAACCUC